AUGUCUCAGCCCAAGCUCUUCCUCCACGAUCAUCCGGCAUCGUCAUAUGCCCAAAAAGUCCGGAUGGCUCUACGUGAGAAAGGUCAGCAGAUACGAGGUCUCGGCGAAGCAAACCCACGCAUGGAAGUCCCGGCGCUCGAAGACGGCGACUUCAAGAUCUUCGAUGCACGCAUCAUCCUCCAAUACCUCGAAGACAAAUACCCAGAGCACCCUCUCUUCCCCAAAGACCCGCGAUCUCGAGCAGAAACCCGCAUGAUCGAAGAGGUCUGCGAUACCGCCUUCGAAGCAAUCAACUGGGGCCAGGGUGAAAUUGCCUGGUGCGAGCGCGCCACCGGCGACUUGGCCGACAAACUGAACCGAGAAGCAACCGCCCAGACGAAAGUUAUCUGCGAAUGGCUCACCGAGCGUCUCGGCUCGAAGCAAUGGUUCAACGGGGAGAAGUUUGGCUACGCUGACAUCUGCGUCGCUCCAUAUGUCAACCGCAGCUGCAUCUACGGCAAUGGGCCUGCUGAAGGGACGGCGCUGAGGGAGUGGCGGGAACGGGUGAUGCAGGUGCCGAGUGUUAAGCAGACCACUGAGGAGAUGCUGGCGUCUACGGAGAAGAUGAAGGGCACCUUGAAGGAUGUUUUCAAGGCUGGCAGUGGGCGUAGGAGGGAGUAUAGGGACCAUCGGCUGGAGUGGAUGAUCAAGAGUGGUGGAUUGGAAGUUGUGGAAAAGGGGAUCAAGGAGGACACGAUUCGUUUCUCAUGGCCGGGUGGCAUAUAG